AUGGAACGUUUAACCUUCGUGAUGUUCCCGUGGCUCGCCCACGGCCACAUCUCCCCCUACCUCGAGCUCGCCAAGCGCCUCUCCCGCCACAACUUAUCCGUCCACCUCUGCUCCACCGCCGCCAACUUCAAGUCCAUCGAGCACAGCCUCGGCGCCGCCUCCUCCAUCCGCCUCGUCCCGCUCCACCUCCCGGAGACCUACCUCGACGCCAAAUUCCACACCACCAACGGCCUCCCGCCCGACCUCAUGCCCUUCCUCAAGCGGACGCUCGACCUGGCCGCCCCCGAGCUCCGCCGCGUCUUCAACGAGCUCCAGCCCGACCUCCUCGUCUACGACUUCCUCCAGCCGUGGGCACCGCUGGUCGCGAAGGAGCGCGGCGUCCCGGCCGUGGAGUUCAUCACCAGCACCGCCACCAUGAUGGCCUACCUCUUCCACUUCUUCUCCUACCCCGAAGCCGCCUUCCCCUUCCCGGAGAUUUACUACCGGGACUACGAGCUCCCCCACCGCGAGAGACUUCUCGCGGUGGCCGAGGAGGUGAGGGUAGACGCCUUUGCCGGGGUCCACCGCUCAAACGACAUCGUUUUAAUCAAGGGGUUUAGGGAGAUUGAGUCAAAGUAUAGUGACUAUUUGGAGGAGUUGUUGGGGAAAAAAAUUGUGGCUGUAGGUGCACUAGUUCAAGAAGCAGUUCCCAUUAGCCAUGAAUUGAUCCAAUGGUUGGACAAUAAGGGGAAGAAUUCCACUAUAUUUGUGUCUUUUGGGAGUGAGUAUUUUCUUACAAGGGAAGAUAUGAUGGAGCUUGCUCAUGGUUUGGAGCUUUCCAUGUUGAACUUUAUAUGGGUGGUGAGGUUUCCCAAAAGGGAGGAGAAGAUUGUUCUAGAAGAUUCUUUGCCACUAGGGUUUCUUGAGAGGGUGGAGGGGAGGGGCUUGGUGGUGGAGGGGUGGGCCCCACAGGCUCAGAUUCUAGGGCAUGAGAGUGUUGGGGGUUUUGUGAGCCAUUGUGGCAUUAGCUCAAUGAUGGAGAGCAUGAAGUUUGGUGUGCCUAUCAUAGCUAUGCCUAUGCAUCUUGACCAGCCCCUCAAUGCUAGGCUGGUGGAGCUGAUUGGUGUGGGCGUGGAGGUCGUCCGGAACGCGCGUGGGAUGCUCGAGAGGGAGGCCGUGGCCCGGGUCAUACGCAGCGUUGUGGCGGACGAGGGCCUUAGGAUGAGUUCUAACCGCAUGAGUGAGAUGAUACGGCUUAAGGGCGAUGAAGAAAUCGACGAGGUCGUGGAAUCUUUUCUCAAGCUUUGCGAUAACAAAAACAACAACAAGAAGACCAUUAAUGGCUUCCACUGA